AUGACAAUUAUACUCAGAGCCGGACGUUCGCUCUUCACAAGACCCCAUUCCCAGCUCACAAAACCUUUCACAACAAGCCUAUCCAAACCGCCCAACUUCCUCCCUUCCUCGUACGAGUUCCUCAUAUCCAACCCCUCUACAUCACCCUCCCGAGAAGCCACCAUCUCAAAAUUCAAAAACGCACUCCAGAUACAACGCGCUCAUCCCGACUUCCUCGGUGUCCCUCUCGAAGGGGUCUGCGUCGAGUUCCCAGGGCGCACGCUAAGAGUGCUAGAAUGGACGAGCUACGAGGGACACAUGUACAACUUCCGACAAGGGCCUUCGUACCCUCUCUUUCUCAAAGCGAGAGAGGGCGCCUAUCUCCGCCCUCCUCAAAUGACACACUAUUCCUUCCUCUCCCCCCUAACUCAAGGACCGGUGGUGGAAUACAUGAGCCUACCGUUGCUUUCUGCUACCCAAUUCCCCACUUUCUCUAGAACGACCGCAUCACUAUUUGGGGAGUAUAUACUCCCUUCCCCUGGUGCACUCGGCUUUUCCCUUGGACAGCAAACGGAAGACCCCUCGCAAGCACUCGCCCUCCUCGCCUGGGAGGACCACAAGUCCCACACGCACAAGUUCAGGGAAAGCCAGAGAUUCCCGGAGUUUAGGAAAGAGCUGGAGCGGGUGUGUGCUGAGUUUGUUAGUGGAGGGAGAGAGGGAGUGCGGAUUUGGCAUGUGAGGUGUUGUGAGCCUGGGGAGGGGGUGGGCACGGGUGAGCUGGAGUCGGAGAGGGAGGAUUAGGUUUGGCGUCGGCGGUUGUUGUAUCUCGUUGUAGGAACGCUUGUGAAUGUAGACGCACAUAGUGACCACGCUCCGCUGCUUUGUACGUGAAUAGAAAUGUAUCUCC